AUGACCGACCUCCCCCGAUUGCCCACCCGCGGCAGCACUUCCCCAACUCCUCCCCCUCCUCCGCCUCCCCCGGUGCAACAGAGUCAGGCCAACAAGUACUCCCAUCGUGCGGCGAGUGCUCUCGCAAGAUUUGCACAGCCCUUUUUCUCAGGGUCUCGGCCGCCGAGCCCGCACGGCCCCGGGCCUCGUCCUGACGCGUCUGCUGCUUUACUCGGUAGGCCGGGCGCGUCGCAGACAGUCACCCACAGGACAGGCAUCUCGAUCGCUGCUCUGGAUAUCUCCCCGCAACGGACACAUGCAGUCAUUGGAGGCAAAGAGAUUCUGAAAACGAUUCGUGUACUGCCAGAUCAUUCGUCAGAAGAAUUUAACCUACGCAAUGCUAUUAUCGGCUACUCAUCAACUCACCAUGCUGGCGGCGGGCUUUCCGCGCGGCACAAGGACCAGCUGACGGUUAAGGAUGUGAAAUGGUCACAUGGACUCUACGAUCAGAUUAUCGCCACCGCAGUGGCCAAUGGUCGCAUCGUCGUUUAUGAUCUGCAUCGAACCGGAUUGGAGUACUGCCGGUUUCAGGGCCAUAGCCGCCAGGUCCAUCGUCUAGCUUUCAACCCGCACCAACCAGCAUGGCUUCUUUCCGGGAGUCAGGACGCCCAUAUUCGGAUGUGGGAUUUGCGGACCGUGCCUACGGAUCGUGGCGUUUCAGUAUGUGGAAGCAGAGACCAAUAUAACAGCAAUAGCGACGCUGUCCGUGAUGUCAGGUGGUCUCCCGGCGACGGAGUCUUGUUUGCGGUUGCUACCGAUAGCGGCGCAAUCCAACUAUGGGACAUUCGCAAAUCGAGCAGUCCCAUUUUGCGGAUUACCGCCCACGAUAGGCCAUGCUAUUCCGUAGAUUGGCACCCGGACGGAAAGCAUAUAGUCAGCGGCGGUACGGAUAGACAGGUCAAAGUCUGGGAGUUUUCAAUCACUGCCGAGCGCAGGCAGAAGCCGUUAUUUCAGUUUAGGACGCCUCAGGCGGUUCUCAACGUCCGAUGGCGUCCGCCUUCGUGGUCCAGAGAAUCGGAUAGCUCCGGGGACUGGCAGUCAUCACAAGUAGUGACUUCAUACGACAAAGAAGACCCGCGGGUUCAUCUCUGGGAUUUUCGCCGGCCUCAUAUUCCUUUCAGAGAGUUUGACAGAUACGACUCAACUGCUACAGACUUACUUUGGCAUUCUAAAGAUCUUCUUUGGACUGUAGGUGAUGGCGGCGUUUUCACUCAGACUGAUGUACGGUACGCUCCUCAGGUGGUUAAUCAGCGCCCAACCUGCUCGGUGGCCUGGAGUCCCAGCGGCAAGGUUCUCGCUUUUGCUCAAAAGCGCCCUAGGAGGAGCAUUCGAGGUCUCAGUACGAACGAGUUUAUUGGACAUUCCGAUGAAGAGGACACCAGUGGCGAGGCGCUAAGUCAGAGUCCUGCUGAGGAGGCGUACCCCACCGGCAGCGACAGAUCUCGUCCCCAUACUUCCGCUGGAAAGGCUCCUCUUAAAGGACACAUCUUCCUCUUUGUGCCAAAAGGGAAUGAUGAUUCACUCAUGUACAAUGCUCAAUGCGCCGAAGACAUUGCAUUGCCUAAACUGGCUCAGACCUGGCGUGUGAUACAUUACGCCAUCAUCCAGGAGCUGCAAGCAAGGGACAGAGAGCAGCGGCAAGCGCCGGAAAAGAGCUCUCGUAGCAUCAGGAAGAAAGCUUCCUUGGAGGACCCCAUAAUUGAGAAGGUCCGGCCUCUGGAAGAUGCGAGACAUGGAAAGAUGAAGACUCGCUUCUUCAAGGGGGUAAUAGAGAGCGAAGCAUCAAAACAUUCUCACUCUGACCUUGAGAGCGCUUCAAACAUGACAACGCCUCUUGCUCAGCCUUUGCCAGACUCGCCGCCCGACUCGUAUGAUAGUUCUGAGUCUCAAUUCAGACAUUUGGAUGAUGCUGAAGAUAUUCAACCUCUUCCGCCCUCGGUUUUGAGCUCAAACCAGGAUACCAUGGCCUCAAACGACUGGUCAUCCAUGUCGGACAUUGGGUCUCGCCCCAUCCAUCAACUUCACCAUCGUGAAUCCAACGACAGUGAAAAUGUGCGCAUACCAUCGGACAGUCCGCCAGCCGGCCGCAGUGGCUCACUGCACCAGGGAACUGAGGAAGAACAGAGGUCUGCCCCAUUAGCAAUUGCUGGCAGGACAGACUGGCAUAAUCGUCGGCCGCAACUCAAAAAGCAAAUAUCGGAUGUAGACGAAUUUGAGCAAAAGGUAGAGGACAAAAGGGCUGCCAUCCGUGACUACAAGUACUUCCCUAAAAAGCCACUCUCUCUCGAAGCACAUGCAGGGUCUGGUAAACCGGGUUACUAUAGACACGAAUCCACAGAAAGUCUCCCAAUGUUUUCGGCAUCAACAACAAGCUCACAUCCGUCCAAGUCGCCGGCCACAUCCUUCACCUCUGCAACUAGGCUUCAUGACGCGGCCGAAGUAGUCCGAAAUGGUCACGACGUUGGGUCCAGAAAUGAGAAAUUGUUGAGGACCCGCAGCGAUUCAAUAAUCACCACCAAUUCCAUUGCAGAGGAGGAACUCGAGGUUGACGAGUCAUUUGACGAAGGCCUCCCUGAUCAGAACCAUAUCCAUCUUGACAGACCAUCUACGCCACCCCCCCUUAUGAAAGAAUCCACACCCUUAGAGUCGCUGAGCAAGGAAAAUGAGGGCUCUGCAGCAACAAAAGACUGUGCUUCAGCUGCUGUGCCCGACCUUCCAGACGGUCUUUCUCGCAUCUCUAUACCAAUACUCUCUGACCAAACGGGCAAUAACCCCUGGAGUGCAGAAAUACUUUUGAAAGAGGCGAUCAGACACUAUCAUAGUGGUACACACGUCGACAUUCAAUCUGCUGCGCAUCUGCUUCAAAAGCUGCAUAUUCUGAUUGAGGACAUCGAUAAUGUUCUACCGGCUGAGGAGAGCGAGAUCAUAUUCAAAGCGUACAAUGAGGCCCUGAUACGCCAGUCCAUGUAUAUCAAAGCAGCCGAGCUUCGGUUGCUCUGCGUGCCGUCUUAUCCUACCGUCUAUGAGUAUGCUCAAGGGGACACCUACAUGAACGUGUUUUGCUUCACGUGCAAAAAGCCUUACGAGAACCCCAAGAACGACAACACCCGCUGCCACCGCUGCAGCACUCCACAAGAACCUUGCACCAUCUGUAUGAGCCUUGAACCGCCACCGGAAUGGGUUGCAGAGCAGAGUGCCUUGUCCCCCGAUGCAGAACACGAUUUACACCCGAGUUUUACCUCCCAACUUCUCUCACCAUCCCAUUCUUCGCUCAAUACGGAGCCCAUUCCCCAUUCUGAGCUGCAGCGUAUUGAUGAAUUCGGCCCAGAGGUCUACCGACGCGCGCGUCCCAAGGGGACUACACUUUGGUCUUGGUGUCAAGGCUGCGGUCACGGUGGUCAUCUCGCAUGCAUAAGCACAUGGCUCAGGGACAUUGAAGUGAGUGAAGGCGGAUGCGCAACUCCCGGUUGCAUGCAUGACUGCGCCCCAGGUCCGCGUCGCGAACACAACCGCCGUGUCCUUCUCGAGGAAUCGAAGAAGCGUGACAAUGCCAGUCGAAAGGCCGGCGUCGGCUUCGUCAAACGCGACACCUGGACCAAGGGUGAAAGCAAGGCCGUUGAAAAGGUGCGAGGCAUGUUGGGCACCGGCGCCAGUGCCGGUGCUGUCGCUUCGACGGGGAGCGUGACGCCGUCUACCACCGCGGCGACCAGCGUUGCUCCCAGUGCAACGUCGUCGAAUCUCAUGUCGUCGCCGAAGAAAGUGCGCCUUGUCACUCCUAGUGAGCAGGAAAGGCCGAUGAGAACUGGCUCUGCCCGGACUAGUUUUGGUUGA